AUGGCAUUGACAGUGAUUGGAGGAGCCAACUUCUUUGGAAGAUAUCUUAUUCGAGCCUUAGCCGGACAAUACUCAGAAAUAAGACUUGCUGAUAUGUAUCCUUACCGCAAAGCAGUUUACGGUCUUCAAGAAGAGAUCGGUGACAAGAUUGUAAAACAUCCUCUCCAUUAUUCAUUAAAUCUUCGUCAGUGCAUUGAAGGCUCAAAAGAUGUGAUAGUGGUGACUCACGACUAUUUCAAGUUAUACUUGCUCAGGAGUAUUAAUAUUGUAUUUUGACAUUUAAAAUGAUAUUUGAUUAGUAAAAGCUAUAAAGCCUACGUUUAAAUGUGAAAUAGAAUCAAAAAAUUCUAAAUAUGACAAUAAAAUUUUCAACAUCAUAUAGCAUUCGGCAAAAACUUUUACCUUGAAAAAGCAGCAGGAUAUGCAAAAAAUGCAGGGAUUAAAAAUUUUACAUGGGUUGGUCCUCAUGAACUAGACCAAUUGAAUGGCUUGGACGGAGACCCAGAAAAGCUUAUCCAAGAGACUAUUUCUAGAGUCCGCUUGCUUAUUCCUGAAUUCUCUGUAUUAAGGGCAAAUUUACUAUUUGGGGAAAAUUGCACAUCUCUAGCUAUUCAUAAAGCUAUUGAAUCAUUAUCAACCUCCCAGAGUGUCCUAACCGCAAACGGUGGGAGAAGCAAAUUCCAGCCAGUCCACGAAGCAGACGCAUUAAAAGCUUUUAAAGAACUAAAGCCUGGCGAAACUGUAGAACUUGCAGGCCCUGAAGUUUUAUCGUGGAAAGAAAUAGUAGAAAUCCUUACUCCCCCCCUACGUGAGUGAACAAAAAAAUCUUGUUCGCUCAUGAGGGGGUUAAUUUUUUUUUCUAAAUUUUAAAAAAAUCCUAAUUCGUAAAUUGGAAAGCAAAUAUAAAUUUAAUUUAUAAAAUUUAUGUUUUAAACCGCAAAUUUUUAUAAAUUAAACAGAAUUAGCUAUAGAUUUCAUUAUACUAAUUAUCACUUAUAUAUAUAUUUCAUAAAAAAAUUUCCUAUUAAAAAAAUUCUAGUUCGCUCACGGAGGAUGGGUUUUUGGGCAAAAAAUAGGGAUUUUUCUAUUGCUUUUGUUCACUCACAGAGGGGGGAGUUAGCAAGUAUGCAAAUGUGAACUCUCCUUCACACGAUGGGCUUGGACAUCAACUUGCAUCUACUGUAGGAAGCUGCAACUAUUUAGGAGACUUAUUUUACCCUAGCCACUAUUCGCAGCUCUAUAAGCUUUUAUCUAAAGAUUUAUUGCCAACUCCAACUAAGGUAGGAACAACCAAGCUCUCCGAUGUAUACGGCCCUGCUAAAUUCAAAGGAAUCCCUGCUUUAAAUUGGCACAGAGUUAUACUGGAUUAA